UCGGAGUACCCAGAGCUGUAUACAAUGUCUGCCGGAAAUGCCAAAAUCGGGAAGCUUGCGCCUGACUUCACAGCCAAUGCCGUGAUGCCCGACGGACAGUUCAAGGAUCUGAAGCUCUCCGACUACAGAGGAAAGUACGUUGUGUUCUUCUUCUACCCCUUGGACUUCACGUUUGUCUGCCCGACCGAGAUCAUCUCUUUUAGCGACCGGGUCGAGGAGUUUAGGAAGCUGAACUGCGAAGUGAUCGGCGCCUCCGUGGAUUCUCACUUCUGUCACUUAGCUUGGAUCAACACUCCACGUAAAGAAGGUGGUCUGGGCGCCAUGAAAAUCCCUCUGGUGGCCGAUACCCUGCGCACCAUCUCUCAGGAUUAUGGUGUCCUCAAGGAGGAUGAAGGGAUCUCCUACAGAGGUCUCUUUAUCAUUGACCAGAAAGGAAUCCUGCGCCAGAUCACCAUUAAUGAUCUGCCUGUCGGCCGCUCGGUAGAUGAGACUCUUCGGCUUGUGCAGGCGUUCCAGCACACAGACAAAUACGGAGAAGUCUGCCCCGCCGGCUGGAAACCAGGAAAUGACGCCAUCAAACCCGACGUCCAGAAAAGCAGAGAGUACUUCUCCAAGCAAAAGUAAAGGCUGAGAGUACCUGCAGUCCUAGCGAGACGCGGCCCUUGUCUCGUGUUAUGGGGGGGGGGAUUUUUAGUAAACCGUUCCAGCUCUGCGGAUACGGGUUCUGUUAGGAGAUGGUAACGCUGUGUGUGUAGCGGAGAGAUGUGCAUUGCAUGAGAGUUUUAUUUGUCUCUUCUCUCAGACGUCGUUUACUACUAAAACAGGUUGUCUAAGCAAAGACUCCUCUGUGUGCAGUAACGUUCCUCACAACCUUAGCUACGUUAUCAUGUUUUGUACUUAUUAUUAUCAGUGAUGUAUUUAUUUAUAUACUUUUAUUUAUAUUUUUGUCAUGAAUGUAAACUCCUUAGAACGCAGUACACAAAAUAAAUUCAUGGAAAAAA